AAACUUUAUCGCGGGUCGGCCAUCUUCCUCGGAUCCUUGUCAAUCGCCCUGCCGCUCGCCGGAAUUCUUCUUGCUUUCCUUCUGAAGCUCAAGCAGCAGACAUGUCCAGACCACGCGUCUUCUUCGACAUCACCGCCAGCGGCAAGUCGAUGGGCCGCAUCGUGAUGGAGCUGCGUGACGACGUGGUUCCAAAAACUGCUGAGAACUUCCGGGCGCUGUGCACCGGCGAGAAAGGUUUCGGCUACAAGGGCAGCACCUUCCACCGCAUCAUCCCUCAGUUCAUGUGCCAGGGCGGCGACUUCACCAACCACAACGGAACCGGAGGCAAGUCCAUCUAUGGCAACAAGUUUGCCGACGAGAACUUCAGCCUGACCCACACGGGCCCCGGCAUCCUGUCCAUGGCCAACGCCGGCCCCAACACCAACGGCUCGCAGUUCUUCAUCUGCACCGCCAAAACGCAAUGGCUGGACGGGAAGCACGUGGUGUUCGGCAGCGUGGUGGAGGGUCUGGAUGUGGUCACCGCCAUGGAGAAGCUUGGCAGCCAAUCGGGCAAAACCUCCCAGAAGGUCGCCAUCGCCGACUGCGGCCAGCUCUGAGCCGCCCCCCCGGCGCCGCCCCGUCAUUCAACAUUCCUACUGAUGGAACCCCCCCCCCCCUGAUUUCUGUUUUUUUACGUUUCCAAACUUGUUGCUGCAUUUGUGACUUUGCUGUGAAAGUUUCUUUUGCAUUAACUUGGACGUCUGACGGUUUUCUUUACACCUGAAAGAAUAAAACAUUCAAACAUUGCCUUGACAA